AUGGGAUCGCUGAUCACAAACGAAAAUGGCUCGCGGCAGUACAUGUUUUUGGCGGUGAUGAGCGUCUUUCUACUCAUCUCAUAUGUCGCCGUCACCUUGAGGCUGUACUGUCGAUACUUCUGUCUCAAAGUCCUGGGGCUCGAUGACUUCAUCAUAAUAGGAGCUCUGGUAGCUACGACAGGAAUGGCCAUUCAGAAUGGGUUCCAUAUUAGUCUGGGGACAGGGCGACAUACCGAUGAGCUCCCGCUGCAGCAGAUCAUGAUUCCGACACUCAAGCACUGGUACGCAUAUCAGAUCGUCUAUCCAUUCGUUCUCUACCUCGUCAAGCUCAGCAUACUCGCCCUCUACCAUCGAAUCUUGACACAGAGAAACUUCCGGCUCUGGGUAUGGGCCGUUUCGGGCUUCAUCACCGUCCAGACCGUCGUGGUCAUGUUCGUACAGGCAUUCGAAUGUGGAUCGCGUGUAAGCGGCGCUUGGUCCCCGACUUUUCCAGAGGGCUGCAAUAACGUCGCUGCGUCGUACUACUCGAUGUCUAGCAUCAAUGUCUUCACCGACAUCGUCAUCCUGGUGAUGCCUUUGCCGACACUAGCCAAGCUAAAAAUCAACAUCCGCAAGAAAUGUGCCCUGAUGGGCAUCUUCUUGACCGGAGGAGUAGCAAUCACUGCUUCGUGCUUGAGGUUCUACGCCCUCCACGUCUAUGACACCACCGAAGACGUGGCGUACGAUGCCAUCUACAUCGAAGUCAACCUGGCCAUCAUCACCGCCUCGGCGCCUGCGCUCCGCCCUCUGUUCAAGAAGACGUUCGCCGGCUCCUCGGAUCGCUCAAAGUACGGCUACCACGGCUAUCCGCGGCGCAGUCACAUGAACGCGGGCCGCGGCGCGGUCGAGCUGCAAGCGUAUAACGGGAAGCACGAGGCUGUCAUCGCGGCGAACAUGGCUGGGGAAGAAAACAGUAGCCAGGAGUGUAUACUUGAAUGGGGCAACCAUCGAGGGAUCGUGAAGACGGUUGAGACGAAGGUAUCUUCGGGAGCGAUGUCGGAGGCUUGA